UGGGACAAUCACAUGCUUCCCGGCUUUGAGUGGCAGCUGCACUGGAAAAAAAACACAUGAACAGACCGAAGGCAUUAUGGAUGUCUUUCGUGGAGAGUGAGACUAAGGAAAAAAGGGACAGUAUAUGACGUAUUAAGAUGAGGGACUUAUUAAUAUGAACCGAAUUCCUUCCCGAGCGAGCCGACUACCGGACAAGCAUGAGGCGAGAAGUCCAUGGAAAAGUGAAGCUGAUCGCGCUUGAGGGCUUUUGCAUGUUUUUGAAUAGGUGGCUAUAAGCUUGCUAGCUAGUUAGGAAAUGGUACGCAAAACACCUUCUUUAAAUAUUUGACAUUAUUGAUAUAAUGACUUUUUUGUCAUAUUCUUUGCUAUAACGGAGUAGCCUAUAACCCGCACACAGUGUCCUCGUGUUACCUUUUAACACUGGACGAAUAAGAUUUUUUGGGAAGAGUGACCGAAAUCAAUCAUUUUAGCUGCAAUUUGCAUUUUAUUAUAUGUAUUUUGAUUUUAUUAAUGCAUUUUCUUGAAGACUGCUUAGAUCACAAAUAGAAGUUUUUGACCUGAUGUAUUUUUAUCAAACCGAAGGACUGACUGGGAAUCGACUGGAAACGGCAAGCUAGCCUUGAAACCCGUUGCUUGUCAGCGAUGUUUGAGAGAUAGGCUACUUAGUUUCAUUUUACAGUAAGCUAUUAGGCUAUAUUAACAAUGAGAUCUUCUUUGGCUCCGGGAAUUAAAUUUAUCACCUCUUUUUCCAGGGACAGCUGGUAUCGAGGCUUCAUCCUUUUCCUUACCUUCCUCUUCUAUACCGCCUAUCAUAUGUCCCGCAAACCCAUCAGCAUUGUCAAGAGCGAGCUUCAUAGAAACUGUUCCACUGUGAUACGGCCAGCCCACCUCAACGUGACCGACAAUGACACUUGGUGUGACUGGGCCCCGUUUGACCAGGACAACUACAAGACGCUGUAUGGCGUCAUGGAUAACUCCUUCCUGGUGGCCUACGCCAUCGGCAUGUUUAUCAGUGGGAUAUUCGGGGAGCGUUUGCCCCUCCGUUACUACCUCUCUUGUGGGAUGCUCCUCAGCGGUUUGUUCACUGCCCUGUUUGGGCUGGGGUUCUACUGGGACAUCCACUCCGUCUGGUACUACGGUUUCGUCCAGGCGAUGAACGGGCUUGUUCAGACCACGGGCUGGCCGUCGGUGGUGACGUGCGUCGGGAACUGGUUCGGGAAGGGGAAGCGCGGGCUGAUCAUGGGGGUGUGGAACUCUCACACCUCCGUGGGGAACAUCCUGGGCUCCCUGAUCGCGGGGGUGUUCGUGUCCUCGGCGUGGGGCAUGUCCUUCAUCGUGCCCGGGAUCGUCAUCGCCUGCAUGGGGGUCCUCUGCUUCUUCUUCCUGGUGGAAAAGCCUGAAGAUGUGAACUGCAGUCUGCCCCAGCACCAUGAGGGUGACGAGGAGGAGCCCCUCCUUCGGAACUCGUCCAGCGCGGAGGAGAUCUUCAGCAGCCCUGGGUCCUCGACCCCACAACCUGCUGGGGAGCAGCCAGAGGCGAUUAGCUUUACUGGGGCCCUCCGAAUUCCGGGUGUUUUGGAGUUCUCCUUUUGUUUACUCUUUGCCAAGCUGGUGAGCUACACAUUCCUGUACUGGCUGCCUCUGUAUAUCGCUAAUGUUGCCCACUUCGAAUCGAAGGCGGCCGGUGACAUGUCGACGCUGUUUGACGUCGGAGGCAUUGUGGGUGGCAUCAUGGCUGGAGUGGUGUCGGACUACACCGGCGGCAGAGCCACCACCUGCUUCGUCAUGCUGACCGUGGCUGCACCCAUGCUGUUCCUGUACAAUCAUGUGGGGGAGAACGGCCUGGGCACCACCAUCGGUAUGCUACUCUUGUGUGGAGCUCUGGUCAACGGCCCCUAUGCCCUGAUCACUACCGCCGUCUCCGCUGACCUGGGAACUCACGAGAGCCUCCAAGGGAACUCCAAGGCGUUGUCAACGGUAACCGCCAUUAUUGAUGGGACUGGGUCAAUAGGUGCUGCUCUUGGUCCUCUGCUGGCUGGCUUGAUUUCUCCAACCGGCUGGAAUAAUGUCUUUUAUAUGCUUAUCACAGCAGACAUACUGGCCUGUUUGCUGCUGUCCAGACUGGUGUUCAAGGAGGUGAGGGGCUGGUGCUGCCGGGGUGGAAGACACAGAGGAUUCAAAGAAAUCUGAAGUCCCUAACAGACCCCGAAGACUGCGUCCCUGUGUGCAGAGAACCAGCGUAAUCGUAUGGGGGAGGGAGGGGG